GCCGAUAGCCAAUCAAACAACAAGAUUCCGAAACCCAAGCAAAUCGCUUUGUUGACGAAACCUCCACAGCUUCCACGAACGACGACGACCGCCCGUUGAGCCGCCGCGAUGGACAACGCGUUGGUGGAAGCGUCGUCGGGGUCGUUGGGCGCGCUCUUCGCUUGCCUCGCGUUGUUUCCGCUGGACGUUGCCAAGACCAAGCGCCAGGCCGACACACACACGACCAAGAAAGGUGAAAGUACACUUGCGCUGCUUCGGUCGAUCUGGGUGGACGAAGGCGUAAACGGACUCUUCUCUGGGCUGGGACCCAAGGCUGCGCACACGGUGCUCUCCAACUUUUUCUACUUUUAUUGGUAUGCGUGGCUAAAAGCAGCGUACGAAAAGUCCCGCGGGCCGUUGACGACGUCGGCGACACUCGCGAUUGGCGCCGCGGCCGGCGCGAUCAACAUGACGAUCACACUUCCCUUGGACGUUAUCUCAACUCGCAUCCAGACGGCUGCCAAGGCACAGUCGUCCCCAUCGUCACUGACGCUGCUUCGAAGCAUGUAUCACGAGCACGGGAUCUUGUCCCUGUGGAAAGGCUACCUUCCGUCCCUCGUGCUCGUAUCGAACCCGUCCAUCUUCUACACCAUCUUCGACCGGCUCAAGGUGUACGUCGCGCGCGACCUGUCGGCCAUCGAGGCGUUUGUGCUGGCCGCUCUGGCCAAAUCGAUUGCAACAAUCGUGACGUAUCCAGUCAUUCGGGCCAAAGUGCUCAUGCAGGCCGCGGAGAAUGCCAACGAGCACGCGUCGCUCUCGAUGGUCCAAGUUCUCGAUCGAACGUGGAAGAACGGCGGGGCGGCGGCGCUCUUUCAAGGAUGCCAUGCCCAGCUCGUGAACACCGUCGUCAAGAGUGCUGUCGUCGUCAUGACGAAGGAGCAGAUUGCAGCGUGGACGGUCCGCCUCUUGUAUCCGUUUCAGCAAAAAGCGUAAUGCAACGGAGGGUUUCGUCGCCCCGCUCGGUGGAAUCGUGGUUGGAGGUGUACCGACGCAUGGCACUCGCGAGGGCAUCGGCGCUUGCAGGAAACGCUGGUCGCGUUGGCGGUGGGCCGGCCGCAGUCCUUCUCGUGCGCUAAACACCAUCAUGCAUGGCAGAGUGCGUCGAUUGCCGCGGCGACACGAACAACUGCCGCAUGUACAGCACGAUCGCCACACAUUCGACACCACACGUGCGAGUUGCGGCUCUCAAGACUACUUCUGUAGCUACCGGCAUCAACCGUGGACGGAUGACUACACUGCUCCGUUCAACGCGGCCACACCCCGAUACAUCAUCAGCGCACAUCGCGCAACUCGUCAAAUCGCACCGCCCUGAUAGCAUGGCCUCAGACAUUUCGUCGGUACGCUCGCAGCCCCUCCCUGCAACUUGCAGCGCUCUGCCCAGGCGCGUACGCGGCCUUCUCGCGUACUCCCCGCCGACGCCCCCACUGACACGACGAGUGGGGGUGCACUCCAAGACCUCAAUAAUGAGUCUGGUUGG